UUAAGUAUUUGGUUUCAGUUGUCACAAACUUUCCAUUUUUUUUAAAGAGAAAAUCAUGAACUAAAUGAAACAAACCCAGAAAACAGAGAAACGAGAAUUUUCUCGAGGAAAAGUAGUUUUCAUAGGAUAAACGAUCUCUUUCUGGGUCACCGUUUUUUCUGGGUUUUUUGGUUUUGACAUCCAAAUUGUUGGCUUUUUGUUUCUUUGGAGAAGAUGUUGUGUGCUUGCUCAGGUGAACAAUUCAAGUUUGAAGAUGCUCCACAGUCACCGGAAUCAUUGGCGACCAGAGAUUUCUCGGCCAGUGGACUCUCAUCUCGGACCGGAGACUGGGAGUCAAAACUUGAGGAUGUUCAAGUGGAUGAAGUUGAAUCUACUCUCAAAGAAGCUCUCUCCUUAAACUAUGAGGAAGCAAGGGCAUUGUUGGGGAGGCUAGAGUAUCAACGAGGGAAUUUUAAUGCUGCGCUUCAGGUUUUUCAGGGUAUUGACAUUAAAGGUUUGGCACCAAGGAUGACUAUGGCUAUUGUUGAGAGAACCCGACAACGUAAACCACGGUCCAAAGGUGACAUUAUCCCGCCUAGUGUGAUGUCAAUGCAUUCAGUGAGCUUACUUAUGGAAGCAAUUUUACUGAAAGCAAAAUCGUUGGAGGAACUUGGGCAUUUUAGAGAGGCUGCAAAGGAGUGCAAAAUAAUUUUGGAUGUAGUUGAGGCGGCACUACCUAGUGGAAUGCAUGAGGGAACUGGUGAAGAUUGCAAGUUAAAGGAGAUGUUUCACAAAGCAUUAGAGUUGCUCCCUAAUCUAUGGAUCAACGCAGGCUUUCUCAAUGAAGCUAUAACUGCAUUUCGCCGGGCUUUAGUCAAGCCAUGGAAUUUGGAUCCCCAGAGGUUAGCAAGUGUACAAAAAGACUUAGCUGCCGCGUUACUUUUUGGUGGUGUUGAAACAAGUCUCGCUUCUCACUUACAGGUAUGGGGUUCAACUACCCCUAAUGGUAAUAUGGAGGAAGCAAUUCUUCUCCUUCUAGUACUUAUGCAAAAAGUGGCAUUUGGAGAAAUAAAGUGGGAUGCAGAAAUUGUGGAUCACCUGACUUUUGCUCUCUCAGUUACUGGGCAGUUUGAAUUACUAUCAGGUCAUAUGGAGCAGGCCCUUCCAGGUAUAUAUGAAAGAGCAGAGAGGUGGUACCUUCUUGCUCUUUGUUAUGCUGCUGCUGGUCAGAAUGAGGUAGCAUUGAACUUAUUAAAGAAGGUUUCUGGCCAGUCCGAAGCAAAGCACAAACUUCAUAUCCCUGCUCUACUGUUUGGUGCAAAGUUGUCUUCUCAAGAUCCAAAGCAUGCUUAUUACGGAAUAACUUUUGCUCGUAAUGUGAUUGAUUUGUCAGAUCAAGGGAAUGAACAUUUCAAGGGUCAAGCCCAUAAGUUCCUUGGUGUUUGCUAUGGAAAUGCUGCUAGAAUUUCCGUAUCUGAUUCUGAAAGAGCUCUCUUUCAGAAAGAAUCCUUGACCUCUCUUAACUCUGCUGCUCUCUAUAUGAAGGAAGAUCCUGAGGUGAUGUUUAACCUCAGCUUUGAAAAUGCAGUUCAGAGGAAUUUGGAUGUGGCCUUUGACAAUGCAAUGACGUACACUAACAUGGUGACUGACUCAGGAAGAGGUUGGAGGCUAUUAGCACUAAUACUUUCUGCAGACCAGCGGUUCAAAGAUGCUGAAACCAUACUUGAGUUCGCUUUAGAUGAAGCUGGUAGGUUGGAUCAGUUAAAACUUCUUAGACUAAAAGCUGUGCUUCGGACUGCUCAGGAACUGCCCAAGCAAGCAAUUGAAACUUACCGAAUCCUGCUAUCUCUGAUUCAAGCACAAAGAGAACUCCAGCCUAAUAACUCUGUUCAUGUAAAGAGUUCUGAUUCAGAGAAUGUAGCGGAAAGAAAUAUGGAAAUGGCUGUCUGGCAGGAUCUAGCUACUAUUUACACCAAAUUUGGUUCGUGGGCCGAUGCAGAAAUUUGUGUAAACAAAGCCAAGUCAAUUGAAUUUUGUUCACCCAAAAGUUGGCAUACAACGGGCUUAUUAUUUGAAGCUCAAUCACUUUAUAAACAAGCCCUGGUAUCCUUCUCAGUCUCACUGUCAAUAGAACCAGAUUAUGUGCCCAGCAUUGUCUCAACUGCAGCGGUACUCACAAAACUUGGCAGCCAAUCAUUCCCAAUCGCAAGAAGUUUUCUGAUGAAUGCUCUUCGGUUAGAUCCCACAAAUCACGAUGCAUGGAGGAACCUGGGAUUGAUUGCAAAGAAGGAAGGCUCAUUACAACAAGCAGCAGACUACCUUCAAGCAGCCUAUGAGCUGAAGCUAUCAGCUCCUGUUGAGGCCUUUACAUGCUGGUGGAAUUUAAUUAGUUAUCACUUAGUAGGCUUUCUAGAAUGAGGAAUUUGAAGUCAAUUUUGCUGGCUCUACUCACUGUCAUUCAGCAACCGAUGUCCUAUUAAAAUGUAUAGCAAGCUCCUACUCUUCGGCUUCAAUUUUUUCUGUUAAUAUCAAUAUUCUUCUCCAAGUCACAGCUCACAGGUUUUCCUCCAUUGCAAGAUUAUUUUAAUUCGUAGAAGCUCAAUACCAUGCCACAACAAGCCGUUGUUAUUAUUAUUAUUAUGAGCAAUUGAGAGAUAAUCGGCCAAAAUUUCCAACAAUUGACUGCAUUAUUUAAUCAACCUGCACAGUUUUACAUUCCAACUAUACUAAAUAUACAUUAAAUCAGAAAACCAGGCAUAAAAAAAAUACUUGGACAGAAAUAGAGAGGGGUAGGGAUGGGCAUCGGUACAGAAAAUUGAGAAAACGUAAGAUUACUGUUUUAACUUCAGCUUGGAUUUCUCAUACAUUAAAAUUGAAAGAAGCAGAAAAAAAAAUUGAUUAUUGGAGCAUUUGUAGUAUACCACUUGCUUCAUGACAAGAGGAACCGGCAACAUGGAAACUACUGUAGAAUCUGAUUUUUUAUUU